CUACUCACCAGACUCACUGCCGGCACUUAUUACCUUGGCGUUGGGUGGCUUUUGUAUCCAUAUUUCCAUCCAUAUUUCCAUCACUCUGCCUUCUCUUGCUGCGUUAGACCGUUAAAUCUUGCCCCGGUAACAUCAUCAUGUCCUCUGCCGACCAGCCAGUUGCCUCUGCCACAAUGCGCGCCAUCGGCAUCCCAGACGGCAAAUAUGGGCCGAUUGAGAAUAUGGAGUCUCGACAAGUGCCGUGCUUGGGAUCUCCGCCCGGUCGUUGGAUCAAGGUUGCCGUCAAGGCGGUUUCUGUCAACCCAAUCGACAUCAAGAUCCGCAAGGGCACGUACGACGACACGCCGAAUUAUUACAACGUCGUGCGCGGCAUCAACCCGGGGUUGAAUCAGUUCCAUGCCAUGGGCGGCGACGUCGCCGGCGUCGUCACCGAGCUCGGCCCGGACGCCACGCUGUUCAAAGUCGGCGAUGAGAUCUACGGGGUAGGAAGCGCGGUCCGAUGGGGCACGUACGCUGAGGAGGCCAUCAUCGACGAGACCAAGGCGGCCAUCAAACCCAAGAGCCUAGACUGGACGCAGUCGGCAGCGAUGCCGCUGACGUACAACACGGCGUACGAGUCCAUCGUCGAGCGGCUCGAGGUCAAGAAGGGCGAGAAGGCCGGCAUCAUCAUCAUCAACGGCGGCGGCGGGGUCGGGGCGGUGGCGAUCCAGAUCGCCAGACGCGUCCUCGGCUUGCCGGUGGUGAUUGCGACAUGCUCGCGGCCCGAGACGACCGAGUUCGCCAGAUCCAUGGGCGCCACGCACACGGUCAAUCACCAGAAGGACAUUGUGUCCCAGAUCGCGGAGCUCAACCUGCCAAAGGACAUUCCUCUACGUUACGCGUACAUCACGAGCCGCACCGAGCAGUACAUCGACCCUUUGGCAGAGGUCCUCGCGCCCUUUGGCAAAGUCUGCAGCAUCGUACAGGCGCGAUUCGACAUGUACGGUUCCAAGUUCAUGAGCAAGUCGCUAACCUUUAGCUGGUGCUGGCUCGGGACGGAGCCGUUUUACCGACACUACACGGCCUUGUCAUCGACCGGCGGUUGGUCGUAUCCCGAGAAGCAUCACGAGUGGCUGACACAGCUGGCGACGAUGAUAGACGAGGGAGUGAUGAAGCCGCAUCUGACGAGACGUACCAAGUUGACGCUGGAGGGGAUCAAGGAGGCGCACCGACUUAUUGAGUCGGGUACGGCGGUGGGAAAGAUGGCCUUGGGCGUUGACGACGAGGGCGAAGGACAGCCGUUUUCUUAGGGAGAUGUGUGAUGAAACUAUAUCGGGGAGUAGUUUGUUCUCCUCCCUAAUGGAUAUACAUACAGACAUGUACACCAAGAAGAUAUUCAGUUAUGUAGAAGGACUCGUCAAAUAUUCAACCUCUCUAUUC